AUGUUUCUUCGCCGCUAUGCCUCGGUAAGUUACUUGGUCGGCUCGCGCCGGAGCCGGCCGUGCUCCAAGAACGUGCCCUCCGAGAGGGUCUCGAAGUACAUCUACACGCCUAGCGACUUGACGAAAUACUUCCGGGACGACUCGUACGGACACCCGCUGGCGGCGCAGAUCACGCGCGCAGACUCGCUUUUCUACAACGCCCGGAUCAAGCACGAGUGGACGUGUGCCAGCUUCGAGGACAUCCCGGACGUCAAGGUGGCCCGGCUCUCGGAGGAGCGCCGGCAGCAGGUGGCGUCCGUCGACCCCCUGCGGCGCACCGAGUACCACGAAAACGUGGCGGCCUCGCGCACGUCGUUUGGCGUGGACCCGCAGCUCCUACGGCCGCUCCCGGAGGUGCUCCUCUUGGGCCACACGAACGCCGGGAAGUCGACGUUGAUCAACAGCCUCUUCGUCAACAAGCACCAGGCCAGCACCGGCAACGCGGCCACGGAGUACGCGUACGUGUCGAAGCGGGCGGGCUACACCAAGUGCCUCAACAGCUACAACGUGGGCAACAAGCUCCGCGUGAUCGACAGCCCGGGCUACGGCCGGUUCGGCGAGCCGGCGCAGGGCCAGGUCGUGCUUGACUACAUCCGCCGGCGCCAGCAGCUCCGCCGAACGUUCGUGAUUAUCGACAGCCUGCGCGGCGUGUGCGAGGAGGACGCGGUGCUCGUGGAGUACCUCGUCGACAACGGGGCGCCCUUCGAGAUCAUCUUCACCAAGGUGGACGUGCUCAUGCAGAAGCGGUUCCCGAAAAUCAACAUGUGCCCGCAGAAGCACGACGUGGACGCGCGCGCCCAGGCGUACGAGCGGGCCAAGGAGGGCAACAGCAGGGUGGUGCAGCACUUCCAGCAUGUCAUCGACAAGGCCGGGCUCCGCGAGCUCGCCACGUUGCCGCGGCUCCUCUUCAACAACUCGCACACCAGCCUGCUCCUCGCGCGGCGCCACGGCUUCCGCGACGUGCGCUUCGCCAUCGCCGAGAGCUGCAACCUCCCCACGGCCAGCGGCUGA